CUGAACUCUCCGCCCGGCCCCCUGCAUAUUUCAGCAUUGAUUCACAGGUACAUAUAAAGGUUUGAUUAGAAUGGCGUCAUCGACAUGGGUGAUUGGGUCAUCAUGCAUGUUAAACUCUGGUGACCAUGAGAUAGUUGAUUCUUUCUUUCGGAUUUCCAAAAGUAGAACAAGGGUUUUGUUCAAGUCCAAAUCCAACAACAAUGGCGUUACAUUCAGUACAAAUCAUCACUUUUCCUCUUCCAAUUCUUUCUUUGUCGAUAAUAAUGCCUCCUUUAGCGGAUCCGCAGCUGCUCCUAGCCUCAUUUCUAGUGCUCAAACAGGAGAGGUGAUGGCAAUUGCUUCCCAACCGGCCAUGGAAGUCGCAAUAAAGAAGAAACCUCCAACCAAAGAAAGGCGAGUUGUUGUGACAGGGAUGGGUGUGUCUACACCGGUUGGUCAUGAUCCCGAUACGUUUUAUGACAACCUGCUUCAAGGUGUCAGUGGCAUAAGUGAAAUAGAAGCUUUUGAUUGUUCACAGUAUCCAACAAGAAUUGCUGGAGAGAUCAAGUCUUUCUCAACCGAUGGCUGGAUUGCACCCAAACUUUCUAAAAGAAUGGAUAAGUUCAUGCUUUACAUGCUAACGGCUGGUAAGAAAGCACUGUCAGAUGGUGGAAUUACUGAAGACAUGAUGAAUGAAUUGGAUAAAAGAAGAUGUGGAGUUUUAAUUGGCUCUGCUAUGGGUGGGAUGAAGGUUUUUCAUGAUGCAAUAGAGGCUCUGAGGAUUUCCUAUAGGAAGAUGAAUCCUUUUUGUGUCCCAUUUGCAACUACAAACAUGGGUUCUGCCAUGCUUGCCAUGGACCUGGGAUGGAUGGGUCCAAAUUAUUCAAUUUCAACAGCAUGUGCUACAAGCAACUUCUGCAUCUUAAAUGCUGCUAACCACAUCAUUAGAGGUGAAGCUGACUUGAUGCUGUGCGGUGGAUCAGAUGCGGCAAUUAUACCAAUCGGAUUGGGAGGAUUUGUUGCAUGCAGAGCACUUUCACAACGAAAUACCGACCCCGCAAGAGCUUCUCGGCCUUGGGAUAGUAAUCGCGAUGGAUUUGUUAUGGGUGAAGGAGCUGGAGUCCUGCUUCUGGAAGAACUUGAGCAUGCCAAGCAAAGAGGUGCAACAAUCUAUGCUGAAUUUCUAGGUGGAAGUUUUACUUGUGAUGCUUAUCACAUGACAGAGCCUCAUCCUAAAGGAACUGGAGUCAUCCUAUGUGUAGAAAAUGCAUUAGCUCAGUCGGGUGUAUCCAAGGAAGAUGUGAACUACAUCAAUGCGCAUGCUACAUCCACACCAGCAGGAGAUCUUAAGGAGUAUCAAGCUCUUGUUCAUUGUUUUGGCCAGAAUCCAGAGUUGCGAGUUAACUCCACAAAAUCCAUGAUUGGUCACCUGCUUGGAGCUGCUGGUGCUGUAGAAGCUGUGGCAACUAUUCAGGCAAUAAGAACUGGCUGGGUUCAUCCAAAUAUUAAUCUUGAAACCCCAGAUGAAGGCGUGGAUACAAGUAUACUUGUGGGUCCCAAAAAGGAACGACUGGAUAUUAAGGUGGCAUUAUCUAAUUCAUUCGGAUUUGGUGGCCACAACUCAUCAAUCUUAUUUGCUCCUUACAAGUAGAUCUCUCGAGCAAUAUUGCAUCUGACAGAUACAAGGAAUAUUUGAAAGGAUCCUUGAUCCCAGAGCUACAUGACGGACACUUGUAGAAGAGGCCUCCUCUCGAACAAUUUGUCUUUUGGGAGAUAGUCAAAUGACGGUGGUACUUCCCUCUGAUAUACAGAAUUCAUUUUAGAUGAUUGUUUGGAGAAAGAAGAUCCUGAAGUGAAGAAUGGGGGAAGGAUCAAAUUUUAUAUCUCCGUAGUUAUGACAAUCUCCUUUUCUCGUUGCUAGAUUAAACUAAAAUCGUUUCUCAUAUAUACUUACACAUAACAGCAAAUGAUUUAUGUGACCUUUAGGUGGUUGCAUAUGGCCCUUGCCCUUAAUGCCUAGUGUACUAGUUUUUCUUGUAUACCAUAUGUUCUGCAACAGCUUUAAAUUUGCCUUCUUGAUAUUUGAGUGGACAAACUCUGAAGAACUUUGUCAAGGUGAUAACACCGGCAAAGUUGUCUCCAA